AUGGAAAACUACACCGUGAUGGAAAGGAUUGGUGGUGGUACCGAAGGCGUUGUGUUUCGUGUACGACACGAGACAACGAAGAAGGUACUUGCUAUGAAGGUGAUUCGCUGCGCCGACCACACCAAGGUGAAUUCGGCUCUGAAGGAAAUUAAAAUUCUUUUGCAGCUUCGUCACCCACAUGUCGUCUCCUACGUCGAUUUCUUUCUUGUGUUCCACAACGACAAGGUACGGCAUGAUUUUGCCUUGGCAAAUAGCGACGAGGAGCAGCACUCCGAUUCUACACGAAACCUUCGGUUGUGCAGCACAGGAACUUUAGGUGGUAACGGCAACUCAACUGGUGAAAAUAACGUCUUUCCAAGUGUCUCAUGUUUUUGUCCCUCGGAAGUUUGCGUCUGUCUAGUGAUGGAAUUGUGCACCUUUGGCGAUAUGCAGGGCACAAUACGGGAGGCGAGGCGACACUUUGUGGAAGUUGGGUCCCACCCCAUCACAGAAGCACGAAUUGUCUCGUGGAUGGAACAAUGCGCUUCAGCGCUUGCCUUUAUCCAUGAACGAGGUUUUCUGCACCGUGACCUAAAGCCCACCAAUAUAUUUUUUGAUAACAACAAGGACAUCAAAAUUGGGGAUUUUGGUCUUGCAGCCACGGUUGGCCUUGGUCGCCAAACCAUCGUCGGGACUCCCAUGUAUCUUGCCCCGGAGCGCAUGUUACAUCAGGUGUAUGAUGAAAAAGUAGAUGUAUGGGGGUUAGGUGUUGUUAUAUUGGAACUUGUUACCCUGCAGGACCAACCUAUUAAUAGUCGUGUGUUAGAAAACCCGCUGGUCGUCGAGUCCGUUGUACAGCAGGUAACGUCUAUGGGGUUUACAGCUGUACUCGGUGGCCUUUUGCGUGAUAUGCUGCAACGAUUUCCUGAAGGUCGACCCUCACCUGCGGCUAUACUGUGCCGUUUGGAUGCCAUGACAACAACGUCCUCGCCACACUGCAGUAUCUCUGUCCCAACUGUCACCGUAGAUGUGAGCUGUCCCAAGCCCUCCAUGAUGGUAUGCGGAUUAUGCGAAGUGGAACCUGCAACGUCGGCCUGCUCAAGUUGUGGUGCCGUCCUCUGUGAAGGAUGUGACCGUGCAAGACACAAGCACCACAGUCGUCACGGUCAUGAACGGACCUCGUUGCUUCUCUCAGAUUAUAGUCCAACAACGCGUGCGCAUCCUUUGAACGAGGUUGAUCCGGACACUGUAGUACCUGUAAAGCGCAAGAUGUCUGACAACAUGAGUCAGGCAUUCUCACGGCCUAGGUUGUCUGUGUUUAAUUCCCCAGCAGGCUCUUUUUGUGCGGCAUCUACUGAAGGUUCAAGCAAUGUCCUUCUUCAAAGUAUGAGGAGUACCAUACUUCGUGUCCCGCAGGAUUAUCCCACCAUUAAAGCCGCACUGCAUGUGGUACAGUCCAUGCCACACAUCCGAAAAAUUGUAGUGGCGGGUAACACUAUUCAUAACACACCGUUGAUUCUAAGCGACAAGUUGCCAGACAAUCUGAAACUUAUCGGUGAGAACCCCUCUCCAGUCAUUGAAGUCGAGGAUAACUCAUUUGCCAUUUACUGUACCUCGGGACGUGGCACCUUGGAAAAUUUUAUUAUUCGCCAUGCUGGGAAAAAACCUUCGCUAACGGAUUCUUUCUCUGGUCAAAAGCCUUUGAAAAAACCCUCUCGUCCUAUUGCCGUCUCCAUUGCAGGUGGGGAUUGGAAAAUUACACAAUGCCGAAUUUCCUGUUCUGCUGGAAGUGGCAUCAGUGUGACUGCUGGUGUGGAGGCUGUUGUGUCGCAUUGUACGAUUCUUGAAGUCAAGGUGGCGGGAAUAAUUGUGAUGGAGGGAGGCCAGGGGUUGUUUGAAAGGAACACCCUUAUCAACUGUGGGUUUGCCGCCUUUUUGUUGAAGAAGAACAGCUCUGCGCGACUGUGUGGGAACCAUGUGACGGAUGGUGCAGAGACUGGCAUAUUUUGCCAGGAUGCCUCUGGCCUAGUGGAGGAUAAUUUUAUUGCAAACAACGGUGGAUGCGGUGUGGUGGCAAAAGGUUUCGAUGCCAACAUCAUCAUUCGUGGAAAUAGAGUCGUGGCAAAUGAACUAGCUGGUUUUUUCUGCUGCAACGGUGCAUGUCCGAUCAUAACAGCGAAUGAAAUACGACAGAACAAGAGAGCUGGUGUUUUAGUAAAGACGCGAGCCGCUCCAAGAAUCACAAAGAACAUCAUUUGCUCUGGACGGGAGGCGGGCAUUUACGUAUUUGACGGAGGAGCAGGCUUUAUUGAGGAAAAUGAGUUGCGGGAUAACAGUAACGCGGGGAUUCUUGUCACAACUGGUGGUUGCCCACAUGUAGUGAAGAACACAAUUUGUGGUAGCCUUUACGAAGGGGUCUGGGUGUGUAAAGGGGGCGCUGGGACCUUCGUUGGAAAUGACCUUCGUGGCAACGAGAAGGGACCGAGAGACAUUGAGAAGGGCUGUUCAGUUUUGUGGACCGGCAACCGCGAAUCGUGA